CCGCGCCGGCCGGUUGGUGAUAGGAAAUAUUAUUUCGCCACUAGCCGUAGUUUUACUACUCUUUGGCCACCAGUCUCUAUGCGUCGUGCGUUGGUGUUACUUGUGUUAAAAUUAUAUUAUAUUAGUGUUUUAUGUUGACCUUUAGAUACAUCAGUAUUCGAACAUGUCGUUUUUCAGAAACAUAUGUGUUUACUUCCGACUGUUCUGGGAUAGUGUGAUAGACUUUAUAUUUUCAUUAUAUUGGGAGAAAAAGAAGGAAAUUAUACCGGAUCUGAGUGAAGAACAUGUGAUAUUAGCCAACAGUGCGGUUACGUUAGCGAAGAAGAUAAAAAACAAAGAAUUGAAAUCGGAAGACUUGGUGAAGGCUGUCAUUGAACGAAUUCAAUUGGUUAAUCCUAUCCUAAAUGCAGUGACAGCAGAGAGGUAUGAUGCGGCAUUGGAAGAGGCACGAGAGGUAGACCGACAGAUCAGCGCUGGUCUCUCAGAGGAAAUGGCCAGUAAACCUUUCCUCGGUAAGAUUAUCCAUGUAUAUUUUAUGACUGGGGCCAUUAAAAAACAAGAAACACGCAAUCCAGUGUAUGGCAUGACGAAAAACCCACAACACACGGGGCGUAGCCCCGGGGGCUCCAGUGGCGCUGAAGCCGCUCUCACUGCUUCUUACGCGACACCAAUAAGUCUUUGCUCAGAUAUAGGGGGGUCUACUCGCAUGCCAGCUAUGUAUUGCGGUAUAUUCGGACACCAUCCUACAGCCGGCGUUACAAGCUCUAAAGGUAUCUUCUUCCGCAAGGUCCACCCAGAGGACACCAUGUUCUGUCUGGGCUUCGUGAGCAAGCAUGCGGAGGAUCUCGCCCCCCUCACCAAGGUGAUCGCGGGAGACAGGGCGCACGAGUUGAAGCUAGAUGCCGAUGUGGAUGUUAAGAAAUUAAAGUUUUACUACUUGGAGUCUAGUAAUGAUUGCCUUAUGAGCCCACUCAGGCCUGAAAUGAAGGACUUAAUGAACAGGGUUAUCAAAAAUGUCAAAGAUAAACUGAAUGUAGAAGUACACCCAUAUCGCCACGAAGGGUUCAACCACAUGUAUAGAUUAUGGAGCUACUGGAUGAGCAAAGAACCAGAAAAUUAUUUCACAUUGGCAACUAAUAGUGAUAAAGAGCCUAACGGUUUUAUUGAACUGGCUAAAAAGAUGAUCGGAAUGAGUAAAUACUGCCUAUUUUUAAUAAUUCGUUUCAUAGAAUUAAGGUACUUACCGUUGCCGAAUAGCAAAUGGGCGGAAGAGAUUACGAAAAGCUUGAAAGACGACUUAGCUCAAAAAUUGGGAGACAAUGGAGUACUUCUGUUACCAAGUUCGCCGCAAGCUACUCCCUACCACUACUCGUGUUUCUUAAGACCAUUCAACUUCGGCUACUUUGGUAUUGUUAACGCACUCAAGUGUCCUGCAACUCAGGUACCGUUGGGCACAAACAGCGGUGGUCUUCCAAUUGGACUUCAAGUCCUUUCCACGCGGUACAACGACGCCCUCUGUCUUGCUGUUGCUCAAUAUUUAGAGAAAGAGUUCGGUGGUGCUGUUAUGGCUUGUAAUUGUAAAUAGUGUAAAGAUGUGUAAAGUUUGUUGAUAUUUUUUUACCCCAUUU